UUUUAUUAACUAGUCUUAUUUGGAUAGAAAUGAACUUUCCGUAAGUUUGAGCUGGCCUCAAACCCCAACACAUUUAGCUUUGAACUUUUGGAUUAUUUAUUAGUUGGAAAUGUAACAAAAAUCUCUCCAAAUUUAAUAAUUUGUGACGGAGAACUGUAUGUUUUUUCUGGUUUUGUAAGCUGUUCUUUUGUUUUGGUAAGCUGGUUCUUUGAGCAUGUUUCUUCCUGCAAACUUCCUGAAGUUUUUCACUGGUAAACAGGUUAAGGUCCAGUCUGUCAGAUCACAUGGGCGUCACCGCGCCCAGCUCCUUCACACAUAAAUAAAUCCUCCACAGGGAGCCAGACAGCGCAGAGAUUGCUGCAGAACAGAGAGAAGCCUGCCAGCUGUGGAGAGCAUUAUGGAGUUUUAUACUACGCUGCUCCUGGCAGCCCUGAUAGGUCUGGUUUGGUUCUUCUCUGUUAAAAGCCACCAGAAGUACCGUCUGCCACCAGGACCCAAUCCCUUUCCUCUCAUAGGAAACCUGCCUCAAAUAGACAAGAAUGCGCCUUUUAAAAGUUUCCUAGAGUUCAGUAAGCUCUAUGGUCCUGUGAUGACCUUAUACCUGAGCUGGCAGCGGGUCGUUGUUCUGGUUGGAUACGAUGCCGUGAAGGAAGCCUUGGUGGACCAAGCAGAUGACUUCACAGGCAGAGCUCCUGUGCCAUUUUUUCACAAAGUCACUAAUGGAUUCGGUCUCGGGAUCAGUAACGGGGAGCGCUGGCGUCAGCUGCGCCGCUUCAGUCUGACCACGUUACGGGAUUUUGGGAUGGGCCGUAAAGGGAUGGAGGAGUGGAUCCAGGAGGAGAGCAGACAUCUCAGGGCUAGCAUACACAAAUUCAAAGGCGAACCUUUUGACCCGUCCAUCCUUCUGAGCCGCACCGUGUCCAACAUAAUCUGCUGCCUGGUGUUUGGCCAGCGCUUCAGCUACGAAGACAAGCAGUUUGUGAACCUUCUCAGCCUCAUUUCUAAGAUGAUCAGGUUCAAUAGCAGCCCCAUGGGCAUGAUGUACAACAUCUUCCCCUGGGCCAUGGAGCGGCUUCCUGGCCAGCACCACACUGUCUUCGGCAGGGUUGAUGAAAUCAAAAACUUUGUCAAGAUCAAGAUCCAAGAGCACAAAGAGACGCUGGAUCCCAACUCACCGAGAGAUUAUAUUGACUGCUUCCUCAUCCGAGCUCAUCAGGAAAAAGAUAAUCCCUCCACUGAGUUCCACUAUGAUAACCUGUUUGCUACGGUGAUGAAUUUGUUUCUGGCAGGAACAGAAACCACCAGCUCCACCAUCAGAUAUGCUCUCAACGUGCUGAUCAAACACCAGAACAUACAGGAAAAAAUGCAGGAGGAGAUUGACACUGUGAUUGGAAGAGAGCGAUGUCCACGCAUGGAGGAACGGAAAUCCCUCCCGUUCUCAGACGCCGUCAUUCAUGAGGUCCAGCGUUUUCUGGACCUCGUCCCCUUCAGUAUCCCUCACUACGCUCUGGAGGACAUCUCCUUUAGGGGUUACACCAUCCCUAAGGGAGCAGUGAUCAUACCCUUGCUGCACUCGGUUCUUAAAGAUGACAAGCAAUGGUCGGCUCCCUCUUCCUUCAACCCUCAGCACUUUCUAGACCAGAAUGGCAACUUUAAGAAAAACCCAGCAUUCCUUCCUUUUUCUGCAGGGAAAAGAGCCUGUGUCGGCGAGUCUCUGGCUCGUAUGGAGCUCUUUAUCUUCUUAGUGGCGCUCCUGCAGGACUUCACCUUUUCUUGUCCCGACGGUCCCGACAGUAUUAACCUCAUUCCAGAGUACAGCAGCUUUGCCAACGUGCCUCGUUGUUACAAUGUUAUUGCAACACCUCGGUGAAACGAUAUAGCCGCAAUUUAUUUUUUCCAAGGAUCUAUUUUAGCUUGAUUUUUUUAUUCCACUAUCAUGCCUUAGUCCUGUUUGUUAACUAGUUGAUCCGACGUUACAAGAUUAUCAUAUUGAUAAAACAACAUUAAUUCCUAUGCAGUUCUGAGUCCUGUCUGCUCAUAUAUAUUGUCCUUUCUGUAAAUAUCAAUGCUCUUUUGUAAUACAAUUGCUAAAAUAAAUACCAAAAUGAAUGAA